AGGUCUGAGGGAGAGGAAAGAACAAGUCCAGCAAUACACAGAGCUCUGUGUAUUCAGAGGGAAGUUGGCAGGGUUGUGUUCGGGCAGAGAAACUCCGAGUGGUACAAAGGGGACGUGCCCAGAGUGGAGAAAUCAUGCUAAUUGUCUGCACUAGAGCUGGAGAACGCCACCCAAAAUGAAGAGAGAAAGGGGAGCCCUGUCCAGAGCCUCCAGGGCCCUGCGCCUCGCUCCUUUUGUCUACCUUCUUCUGAUCCAGACAGACCCCCUGGAGGGGGUGAACAUCACCAGCCCCGUGCGCCUGAUCCAUGGCACCGUGGGGAAGUCGGCUCUGCUUUCUGUGCAGUACAGCAGUACCAGCAGCGACAGGCCUGUAGUGAAGUGGCAGCUGAAGCGGGACAAGCCAGUGACCGUGGUGCAGUCCAUUGGCACGGAGGUCAUCGGCACCCUGCGGCCUGACUAUCGAGACCGUAUCCGACUCUUUGAAAAUGGCUCCCUGCUUCUCAGCGACCUGCAGCUGGCCGAUGAGGGCACCUAUGAGGUCGAGAUCUCCAUCACCGACGACACCUUCACUGGGGAGAAGACCAUCAACCUUACUGUAGAUGUGCCCAUUUCGAGGCCACAGGUGUUGGUGGCUUCAACCACUGUGCUGGAGCUCAGCGAGGCCUUCACCUUGAACUGCUCACACGAGAAUGGCACCAAGCCCAGCUACACCUGGCUGAAGGAUGGCAAGCCCCUCCUCAAUGACUCGAGAAUGCUCCUGUCCCCCGACCAAAAGGUGCUCACCAUCACCCGCGUGCUCAUGGAGGAUGACGACCUGUACAGCUGCGUGGUGGAGAACCCCAUCAGCCAGGGCCGCAGCCUGCCCGUCAAGAUCACCGUAUACAGAAGAAGCUCCCUUUACAUCAUCUUGUCUACAGGAGGCAUCUUCCUCCUUGUGACCUUGGUGACAGUCUGUGCCUGCUGGAAACCCUCCAAAAGGAAACAGAAGAAGCUAGAAAAGCAAAACUCCCUGGAAUACAUGGAUCAGAAUGAUGACCGCCUGAAACCAGAAGGUGAGCUCCCAGCCACCCAAUCACCCAUCCCAUCAACAAUCAGAUCAGUGGGCUGCUGGGAAAAGGCAGAACUGGGCGACAAGGAAAACAGCUCUGCAGGGACCCUUCCCCCACCAACUGCACGAAGACUGCAGAGGAGGGAAAGGUUUGGCCAAGCAGACACCCUCCCUCGAAGUGGUGAGCAGGAACGGAAGAACCCCAUGGCACUCUAUAUCCUGAAGGACAAGGACUCCCCGGAGACCGAGGAGAACCCGGCCCCGGAGCCUCGAAGCGCGACGGAGCCCGGCCCGCCCGGCUACUCCGUGUCUCCCGCCGUGCCCGGCCGCUCGCCGGGGCUGCCCAUCCGCUCUGCCCGCCGCUACCCGCGCUCCCCAGCGCGCUCCCCAGCCACCGGCCGGACACACACGUCGCCGCCCAGGGCCCCGAGCUCGCCCGGCCGCUCGCGCAGCGCCUCGCGCACACUGCGGACUGCGGGCGUGCACAUAAUCCGCGAGCAAGACGAGGCCGGCCCGGUGGAGAUCAGCGCCUGAGCCGCCUCGGGAUCCCCUGAGAGGCGCCCGCGGUCUGCGGCCAGUGGCCCGGGGGAAGGCUGGGGCUGGGAAGCCCGGGCGCGGCGCGCUGGGGACGAGGGGAGGUCCCGGCGGGGCGCUGGUGUCUCGGGUGUGAACGUGUAUGAGCAUGCGCAGACGGAGGCGGGUGCGCGGAGGCGGCCGUGUUGAUAUGGUGAAACCGGGUCGCAUUUGCUUCCGGUUUACUGGCUGUGUUCUCACUUGGUAUAGGUUGUGCCCUCUUAGGACCACAUAGAUUAUUACAUUUCUGGCCCAAUACCCAAAAGGGUUUUAUGGAAACUAACAUCAGUAACCUAACCCCCGUGACUAUCCUGUGCUCUUCCUAGGGAGCUGUGUUGUUUCCCACCCACCACCCUUCUCUCUGAACAAAUGCCUGAGUGCUGGGGCACUUUUUUUUUUUUUGCAAGUUCAGAUUAGAGAGGCCACUUUCCCAGAAUCCACAGCUGCACUAAGCUAAGGAGAAGCCAGAUGCCGGUUACUGGGUGUGCAGGGGCUGUUCUGAGCUGGGGGGAUCAUUGUGAAGGCCUUCUUCCCUGGGCACCUGGUACCUGGGGACCUACAAGGUGGUGAGGGAAGGGUACGAGUACAUUCCUUUUCCCUCUGACCUGGGCGCUAGCAAGGGCAAAGAACCCGAGCCUGCCAGCUUGGCCUCCUCCCAGAGCCUCCCUCGGAGGCAUGCCAUGCCAAGCAUUCUUUCUGUCUCUGUUCAUGAAUAAAAGAGAUGGAUGGGCUUAUUCUUAUAGAGAAGUGAAUUUCACUUACUCCCCUGGCCUGAAAACUAGACCAAAUGAGGAACUGUUUUAGCUCAUCAAACUCAUAUAUUCCUCCUGGCUUCCUUACAAAACAAGCCUUUCAAACAAUCAUUGUCCUCAGGAAAGUUGUUGAGCUUCCUCCAGCUGUGAGAAUAAGUCCUAAUCUCCAGAGAAAUGGUGGGGGGAGGAGGAGGCUUAUUGCUUCCCAGCAUUUGGGGGGAACAUGAUCCAACCCCUGGCCUCCUGCCACCCAUCUGCCCUGCUCCCACAUGCUCAGGUCCCAGGGCACAGAAAAAGGGCAGACUCCCUAAUCACACUAACAUCAAAAUAAAGAGGCUGGGCCGCUGUGUAGCCAGGACAUGCCCAUGCCACCGCCUAUUGAACAGUUCAUAGGAGUGGCAGUAAUCUACUGUGUGAGGAGAGAGGGCAAUUAAAAAGCUGAAAGAGAAGGAGGCCCUCUGUGUAUUCCGUUCCCUCCUCCUUAAUGCCUCCAAGGGUCCUUGCAUCCCUAGUCUCCUAAACUCCAGCUCUGAUUCGCCAUCAACCCAUGGAGCAAUUCCAAGGCCCCGGUUACCCAUCACCUCCACACCAGGUCAAGUUUUGUCUCAGCCCCAAAGGCACUGACAUUUCUAGUUUGCCCCCUCUGCCCUGAACCCCACAGCAUGCCUGUCUCAGCUCCCCGUCCCUCGGCACUUCCCCAGGCUCAUUUGAGCAGGUGUGCCUUCGCAGCUCCCCUAAACUUCCCAGGUGCCUCAUCCAUAAUGAGAUAAUGCAUGUAGGGGAAAAGUUUCUCAAGAAGGUGGAAGAGGCAGCAGGACUUGGAUAAGGAGUACCUGCUGGUCAGCCUUGAGAUGCACAGGUGAAGGUUAGGGUGAGAUGAGAACAUGCCAUACCCUGGUGCUGAAUCCCUGAGGGGCCAGCUUGCCAGGCUUAAGCCAAAUCUGCCUUAAAUUGGGGGUGGGGAGGGGUAAGUAAGGAAGUGGGGUUGGUUUGUUUUUGUGUUGUUUUCAUCUUCAUCUUUGUAUUACUAGCAUCCAGCAGAGUGCCUAGCACAUACUGGAUGCUCAAUAAACUUUUGAUGAAAUGAAA